GAGAAAGUGAUUUCCAUCUCAGCCAAUGGAGUCACGCGCUUGGGGUUCAGUCGAUCUCGCAAAGAGUCUAAAAACAGAAGCGGGUCAGAAGACAGACCAUUUUUACCUGUGGUAUCCUUCCUUCUUUCUUUCCAGCUAUUAAAUAUAUUUCAGUUUUUAUUUCAGUGAUUUCUGCAGUCUGUUGAUAACAAGGCGGAGUAACAUUACCCUAACGGUGGGAAAAGGUGUUGUGAACCACGCAGGCACCCGGAGCAAUCAGAAUUUGCGAAAAUGGCACUCGACGGAUGUUCCCAGCUGUGUAAAUGUAUUCUUAUUCUCGUCAAUAUCGUGUUGGGCCUUAUUGGCUUUGCAAUAAUGGCACUUGGACUGUGGGUGAGAUUCAGCGCUCAGACAAGAGGAAUCUUCAAUGUGGAUCUGAACACGACGUCCUUUGCCAUCGUGGUGACCCUGCUUAUCGUUCUCGGUGCAUUGAUGAUGGUGAUCUCUGCAUUCGGGAACUUUGGAGCCUGUAAUGAGAGUAAAGGUGCCCUGACUGUGUUCGUCGUGCUGUUGAGCUUCCUGCUGACCUUCACGAUUGCGGCUGGGACACUGGCCAUCAUGAAGAGCGAGGAGGUUGGAAAGCUGCUCUCGGAUGCAUACACAACCACAUACGCUCAGUAUGUCGACAAGGUCGGAGACCCCAGCAUGGCCAUCAUGCUGCAGUUCUUCCACAACAUGUUUGAUUGUUGUGGAAUCUUGGGAAGUAUUGAACCCGUGGUCAGAGAAACGUGCCCUAAAAAAGGAUUUUUGGACUCCUUCUCUGUACCGGCAUGUCCUGCAGUUAUUGCAAGCAAAGAUUACAGAAGUCCUGCUUUUAUGGGAGGAUUCUUUGGAAUGUUGGCCUUGAUGCUAUUUGCGCUGGUUUGCAGCCUCGUCCUUCGCAAAGGGAUCUCAUCUUCAUCUGGUCCCCCUUACAUCCUUAUGUCCUCCACCACCUUCCAGCAAGAGAUGCCUCAUGCUGAGCCCAACUAUUAGCUACAACCAACAUCCAACUAAUCCUGUUUCUUUUUACUGUCUUCCAAGUUGUGGGUUUCACUAGUGAUGGUUAAAUCAAGCCUCAGAAACCAUUUUCUGACCCCACUUGUUCAAAAAAGGCACAAAGCAAACCAAGAGCUCCAUCUAGUGGGAUCAGAAAAUACAGCAAAUGGUUCAUGAGGCUCGGUUUGGCCAUAACGGGGUUUACAGUCUUUCCUUUAGCUGAUGUUGGCACUUUUGCUACAUAAUCUGUUUUAUUCUGAUGGUAUUCCCUUGAUUCAGUUUUCCUAAAUUUUCUGAACGUUUAAUAGGAAUUUCUCGAUGUCUGUCUCUAUCUGGUACAGAGUACACAAGCAUUCCCCUAAGUCCCAAACCCUCUCCUUGUUUGCAUACCCACCAUUUCCCAGGUGUUUGCUAUGGUGUGUUGCAGCAUCUUCAUGAAUGGCAUUAAGCAUAGCCAGGCAAGCUUCCCUGUCUACUAGCUGAAUAUCUGCUACAAACAAGACGCCAAAGGCCUGCAUCAUUCCUGCCGGCCUUCACCAAGCUGCAGUCAACACCAGGACUUGUAAAAUGCCUGCUUUGUGGCCAUUCCUGUCUUUUUUAAUGUAGUUUGCAGUCAAAAAAGAGAGAUGAAACGUCGAUGUUAUUUUGUUACAAACUGUGCCAGGCUUACCUGCUUGGAACAUGCAAGUGAAACGAGGGAGCAAGGAACUAAUAACUAGCUAGUAACUGAUUUGUUUUUACACAGCUGCCUCUUAUCUCAUAGGCCUUAGUGUCUCUCGCGGAAACCUGAUGAGCUCCGCAGGGUCCAGUUAAGGUCUCUGUGGUUCUCAACCUCUGUCUGUGCAUGUCACUCAGUCGACCAGGUGUUCUGUGGCCGGACCGGACCGAUGCGGAGAGCUCGAAACCCGGGAGGCUCUGCUUAGCUUUGUCACGUCUGCUAGUGUGCUACCAUUAACCUGAGAUGUUGCUAAUUGUUUCUUUAAUAAUUAAAAAGGUGUUUCCCCAA